UCCCAGAUGGGGCGGCUGGGCAGAGGCGCUCCCCACCUCCCAGAUGAAGAGCAGCCAGGCAGAGGCGCCCCCCACUUCCCAGAUGGGGUGGCCGGGCAGAGGCGCUCCUCACUUCCCAGACAGGGCGGCUGGGCAGAGGCGCUCCCCACAUCCCAGACAGGAUGGCCAGGCAGAGGCAUUCCUCACCUCCCAGAUGAUGGGCAGCCGGGUAGAGGCGCUCCCUACCUCCCAGAUGGGGUGGCUGGACAGAGGCGCCCACUUCCCCGAUGGGGCGGCCGGGCAGAGGCGCUCCCCACCUCCCAGACGAAGGGUGGCCGGGCAGAGGUGCUCCUCACUUCCCAGGUGGGGCGGCCCGGCAGAGGUGCUCCUCACUUCCCAGAUGGGGUGGCGGCCAGGCAGAGAUGUCCCUCACCUCCCAGAUGGGGCGGCGGCUGGGCAGAGGCACUCCUCACUUCUCAGAUGGGGUGGCCGGGCAGAGGCGCUCUUCACCUCCCAGAUGGGGCGGCCAGGCAGAGACAACCCUCACCUACGAGAUGGGGCGGCCGGGCAGAGGCGCCCACUUCCCUGACGGGGUGGCUUGGCAGAGGCGCUCCUCACUUCCCAGGUGAGGCGGCCGGGCAGAGGCACUCCUCACCUCCCAAAUGA